AUGAAUAAUUAUUAUAGUAUUGGAGCUGAUGCACAUGUUGCUUUACAGUUUCACCACUCUAGAAGUGCUAAUCCACAGAUACUCAACAGUAGACUGAAAAAUCGACUUGCAUACGGUGGAUUAGGCACUAUAGACUUAUUUAAACGAACCUGGAAAUUACUGCAUGAAUAUAUUACUCUUGAGUGUGAUGGCGUUGAUUUAACUUCCAAAAUUAAGGAAUUCAAAUUUCAUUGUGUAUUAUUCCACAAUAUUACUUAUUAUGCUGGAGGAACUGUACCUUGGGGAAGCGAUGAUGACGGGAAUUAUCGGCCAUCAAGUUGUGAUGGUAAAUUAGAGGUGCUUGGCUUUACAACUGCUAUGCUGGCAGCUUUACAAAUGGGGGGUAAAGGUGAAAGAAUAGCACAAUGUUCACAUGCUCGGAUUACAACAACUAAAGCAAUACCAAUGCAAGUGGAUGGUGAGCCGUGUCUUCUAGGCCCCAGUAUUAUUGAAAUAACCUUUCACAGCAAGGUCCCAAUGCUUCGUCGAGUUAAAAAAUCAACUUACAUUCCAUCCAUUCUUAGAAAACAACCAAAAACUUACAAACGUCAACAGACUAUCAGCAAUAAUUAUGUACAAUCGAACUCAACAUGUUCAGUAUUAAAUGUAUUGCUUAUUAGCUCUAAUGAAUAUGCUGCUGGUCAUGAUCAGAUUGAGCGGCUUAAAGAGACAGGUACAGAGAUUGGUCAAAUUUAUGUUGAAACAGAUGAAGAAUUAGAAAGUGUGCGGCAAAAAAUUGAUAAACUUCUUGCUCAAUGCUCACAUUUGAAAUUAAAAUCAAACAACGCAUGGAGAUUUCUUGAAUAUGUAAGUAAUGCUGAAGAAGGUGUAUUUCGUAUACAGCCUUAUCAUGAACAGUUUAUGACACUAUCUGACAUUUGCUGUUUAGAUGAAUGCAUUAUGAUUCUUGACAAUUUUAUCUCUUCAACAGCUGCUGAUAGCAAUUCAAAUCAUACUAAGUUAACUUUUCUCCUGAUUUUUUUUUUUUUUUUGUAG